GUGUGCCGCACUAUGCCAGCAUGACGCCGGGCACCGUCCGGUAGACGCGACAGCGCAGGUUCGAGAGUCGGGACAUCACUCCGCUAGUCGCAUGCUACCGGCUCGCCAUGAACAGGAACACCAUUGUCAGCUUGUGCUACGGCUGCGCGGCGCUGAAUUCAUUCAGUUUUCUGAAAUACGCGUUCGGCUUCUACAGGCGAAACAUGGCCUAUGGCUGGGCUUUCGACCUCACCUUCGGGUCCGAGUGCUUUCUAAACUUGCUGUCUGACUACCUCCUCCUCGCCACCUACAAGGACUUCCCGCUGCCAUCCUUGCUGUUGGGUAAGGACAGCAUGGUCCUGCUCGGCUUCAUCGUGUGGAACUCGGCCAGUGUCGGUGUCUGCUUCGUCAGCAGCAUCGCGCUUGCCGUGCACUUCGCCAACACGGUACGGACCAUCAGCGUGGAAUGUUUCAUUGCAGUGCGUCAAUGGUACAAGACGCAUGGUUGUGUUUGCAACUGCGUCGCCGCUUCGGUUGUUGGCAUCGCAGGUGGACCUGAAAGAAGCCAUGCAGGACCUCAAGGACCAGAACGUGGAGGAAGGAGACUUCCGCAGACAAAUGAUGAUGACGACGAUAUCCGUAUUUUCGCUCAUGGCCUUCAUCAAGGGAGCCAUCCUGUACAACAUGUACUUGUACUACAAGAAGACUGGCGGCGUCGAUGGCAGCGUAGAAGAGGCACCCACGGCUUUCUACUUCCCUGCAGACCCGACGGCCCCCGUACCGUUCCUGCCGCCGGAGUCAAAGCGGCACACCAGGGCAAACGCCGCCGGAGCGCCGCCAGCAGCCGCCCGCUGCGGCCUCACGGGGGCGCCCGACACAGCGAUGGCAUCGGCCAGGCGACCUCCGGCGCCUGCUGCGGUGCCGCCGUCGGUCAGGCGGCCACCGGUGCAGCAGCCCUUCGAAGUGGCCGUACUACGGACGCCUUUCAUGGUGCUUCACAUGCCGCCCGCGGAAGUGCCGACCGGACCGCAGCCGACAACGCAGCAGCAGCCACCGCCGACCGCGACGCAGACGGCAGCUCGCUAGAUUUGCUGCGUGGAACCGCAGCCGCGACCGAUAGAAGCGCGUCGUGGCCGAGCAGAAGUAAAAUGGGUGUGAAAGCGCAUGUGUUGCUUUCACGCGCAAGCUUGACUCUUCCUCAAGCACGGCUUAGUUCAGUGCUUGGGAUAGCUGUUUCCACGUGCAGUGGUGGCCCCAGCCAGCUUAAAAUUUGGAGCAUUUUCUUGGGCAGGAAAAAUGUUGUUCUGGAGCAGUUUUGAAGCAGAAAAUUGUCCUUUUUGGAACAGUUGGAGUAGUACAACAGUGAUCUGUAGCCAAAUGGCGAAGAAUAUUUAUGUGCUAUCAGUAAGUGCUGCUCAAGAGCGAAGCAACACACAAAGCCAACAAGGACCAAUUAAUUACGGUAGGAUGCACACAUUUUUCUUUCGGUAGGCAACGAACUUAAUUUUGUAAACAAAUAAAAUUUUGUAGCCCAGUGAAUACGAAGACAUGCGCCUGGGCGCAAGAGAGGCAUAAAGUCUGUCUCAACUCAAGUCUGCAGUGAAGCCCCGCCCACGCCCUCAUAACUGCCAGCCACUGUUCCUCCGCGAGACUGCAAAUAGUUCGUACCUGAAACUUUCCCAAUUACGUAAAAAGGUGGUAACGACGAAAACAAAAUUAUAAGCGCGUAAUUUUGUACGUUUCCAUUUGUCUAUUAUAGUGGAACGGUGAAAGCCCAAUUGUUUAUUGAACUGAAAUAAAACGUUUGCUUCGCUGCAACUA